CCACCCUUGUGCCCAGCAGCCAUAUCAUCAGGCCAGUCUUCAGCUACCUCUCGUUUCUUACCUUCAGACCCUUCAACCUAAAACAGGCCAGAGCAGCAACAGCAGCGACAUGCCUAGGCAAUACAUCAACGCAGUCUACUACCCCAACUGGCGCGUCUACAAAGACCUGCCGCCCUCUGCCCUGCAGGUCAAAUGCAUCACGCACAUCUACUACGCAUUCGUCGGAGUCACCGAGAGCGGCAAGAUCAAGCUCAAUGACGAAUGGGCCGACCUGGGCAUCGACGUGGACGGCGUCAACGGCUGCAUCGCCGCCGUGGCCCAGAUCAAGCGCGACAACCCGGGCAUCAAGACGAUCGCGACCUUUGGCGGCGGCGAGGGCAGCGGCCCGUUCCCGGCCCUGGCCGCGAGCUCGCGGGCCCGCAGCACCUUUGCGGCGCAGGCGCGCAACUUUGUCGACACGCACGGCUUUGACGGCGUCGACAUCGACUGGGAGCAGCCCGCCAAUGACGCCCAGGGCCGCGACUACCUCGCUCUCAUGCACGCCCUGCGCGACGCCCUCCCGGCCCCGCGCUACGUGCUCGCCACGGCCCUCCCCUGCGGCCAGUGGGCGCUGCGCCACAUCCCGCUCGCGCACCUGGCGCCGCUGAUCGACUACCUCAACCUCAUGUCGUACGACUUCUCGGGCCCCUGGACCCCGGCCGCCGGCCACCAGGCCCAGCUGCGCGCACCACCGCCACUGCCGCCGUCGGACCCGCAGCAGCAGCAGUCGCCGUCGGGCCAGGCGGGCGUAUCAUACCUGAUCGCGCACGGCGUGCACCCAUCAAAGGUGGCGCUCGGCAUCCCCGCCUACGCGCGGUGCUUCGCGGGGGCCCGGGGCCCCGGGGACGCCUACUCGGCCGCCACCGAGGUCGACUACCGCGACCUGGCCGCGGACGCGGUGGACGGGCUGGCGCGCGUGGACGAGGAGGCGGGCGCGGCGUGCUACGUCGACGAAAACGAUGGCGGUGGCGGCAACAAUAUGGGGUUCGUGUCGCUCGACACGCCGGAAACGGUGCGCCUCAAGGCGCGCUACGCCCGCGCAAACCGGCUCGCCGGCCUGUUCUACUGGCAGGGCGUGGGCGACGUGGACACGCCCGGCCGGAGCCUGGUGGCGGCCGGGUGGCAGGAGCUGCGGGCGCCGUAUUCGGACUAGGGGAGGAGGAGGAGGAGGAGGAGGAGGA